AAUUCUCUCUCACUUGGCGGGCUCGGGAAAUUUUGGUAGCGGAAGCCAAAAAGAUAGAUUCUUAUAAGCAAACGCAAACCUCUAAAACCCUUUCGACGUUGUUCCUUGAUCUUCAAGAUAUAUUUAUAUCUACAGUCCAUACUCAUGGCAUCUCGUUAUCGAUCUAUCUCAAAACCUGCUCUCAGCUUUAUGAAAUCGGCCUUCGGCAAACCUACCAGCAAGCCUAUUAAUUCGAUGCGCAUUCCCCGCCCAUCUCCUACUACUCUGAGGUUGCAUUCUGAGAUGGGUUGCAUUCAAUCUCUCCUUCCCCUCUACAGUGCUGUUUCUUCGGCGCGUCUGACUUCUUGCCUCGGCAUUGACUCGAGGAGUUCGAGGUCGUUGUCUCAGGUGCAAACGUGCAGAGGAUUUUCUGAUUUGGUCAUCUUAGCUAACAGCCAAACCCCUCUUUGUCAAUGAUUACAUCUCAUUGUGCCGGGAUAAGAGAUUGGGGUCGGUAAGAAGCCAGUGGUAAUUGUAGAGAAAGAAAUUAUAUAACGAAGAGAAGGAGCGAAGAGGGAGCAGGAGCCUUGGCAUCGGAUUUGAUUUGGCAUUAAGUUCUUUGACAAUUCUGUAAUGUGGAAACAGAGCUUCCAGUUCCAGCACAUGAAGUUGACUUUUCUGGUUUUUUAUUUAUUUUGACAUCAACGAGUCUCUUUCCUCUGUUAUCAGUCUUUUCUGAGCGGUGUCAUUUACUGUGGAAGAGUUAAAUUUCUAAACUCCUGAUGAAUGGAUGUUGAACAAUGCUUUUUUACUUGCA